CGUUCAGGCUGAUCCUCUGCCUGCCCUGCCCUCAAUCUUGGGGGAAGCGCUGGAUACUUGAUUACCUGUCUGAAAUUGUCUCCUGGUUAGGAGAUGCAGAGAGCAAGAACUUCGCCUCCGACACCUGACAUGCCGAUUCAUUGUCUUGUAGCUUGAUGCCCGCGCAGCAGUCAUGCCUCAUCCUGACUCCUGGGCUCUUUAACCUGCACGCUCCUUCCCUCGAAGAGCAAAAGUCGCCAUGGCAGAAGCCUCAGCCUCAAUACCUGGCUGGCCUGAUGAGGUGACCGGUCUGCUCUCCAACCUCCUGCUGUGUGUCGUGUCCCUGGGCUCCGCUGUCCAAACCUUCCAGAUCAAUCGAGGGACCUCUGCCGGGUUUCUCCUCCAGGCCCUUGUGCCCCUCCUGGAUAUAGCCACCCAUCUCGCCGCCCUUCCAGGGCUCAGUUUGGAGGCUGCCCGCCACAGCCCAGACAACGCCUGGGUCUCCACGGUGGUGGGGCUCCCCCUGCUCGCCUUCGGCUUCCACUGGCUGAACGGGGACCGUGCCACGGCGAACGCCCUCUUGGGGGGCGCCCUGCUGCUGCUGCUGGCCGGCAGCUGGGGCUCCUUCUCCGAGGAAGGCAAGGCCAUCGUGGCCCACUCUGUCACCUCGGUGGUCUCCAUCAGCAUCCUGAUCGCUUCCAUCUUCACCGGAAACGCCUGCGGGAUUGCGGGCAGCCUCUUGGUGGGCACGGCUGGGGUGCUGGCAGGGACCCAGCUGCGGCGGCUACUGGUGCUCCGGAAAGAGGACGCCGUCUGCUGCCUCAUGGCGGUGGCAAACCUGACUUUGCGGCGGGCUCUGCAAGCGCAGCACCGAGAACUGGACUGAGGGGGUGGGGACUGCGGGCAAGGGGGUCCGACGGGCAGUGGGGCCAUCGCAGCAUCAGGUGAGGAAAGGCUGGUCACGUCUGUUGGGGUGCCGCAAAGAGGCUUGGGAAAUGGCCUCCAGGAAAGUCUUCAGGGAGCCUACGACUCUGGAAAGGGCGCUGCCUCUUGGGAUACUGCCAGGGAGGCAGAGGCAUCAGGCAGCCUCAUCGUCGUCUCCGGACGAUCACCGGUCUCCCGUGGAAACAGCAUCAGCCAAUUAGCGACACGAGCCUCAGACACAUUCCAAGACUCAUGCACACCCUUUUCAGCCUUUCUCCGCAACGGAAGAUUCAGACAGAAGAGCAUAUUUACAGCUUUAUUCAACGUAGGUCAGAACAAAGGAAAAACAUGACUGCUUGCAUCCGCGUCGAGGAAACAGCAGGAACAAAAGCUAUAUACAAAACGGAAGUUCCCAGCAAGAACAGUGCUGGGAGUAAACAGGCAUGUGACACACGACAAUCAUGCCUGACUCUUUUAAGGAGGAACGGAGCUAUAUCCUAACAUCCUCCCCCUUUACGUGUAACCUGUAGUACCUGUGGUUCAACCCAAUUGCAACCUUUGUACAUAAACCUUAAGUUGUUCUCUGUUAACAACCUUAGACAACAGAUGAGCAGCAAGGGGUCCUGGGCACUGCCCAUCUCAGGCAGCCAGCUUCUUCCUUUGCAGAGCUUGCUGGGUUUAGUGAGCUGGCAGAGAUGGGCAAGGACUGCUGCGUCCUUGGAGCGUGGGUAGUGCCACCUCGCACUGCGAAUGUCGGAAAUCCCACUUCUGACACCAAAGAUCCCCGCUGGUUUCUUUCACCCGGACCCUCGGCGCUUUCCUGGGUGCGCUGGUCAGGAAGCCAGGCCGAAUUGGAACGGGUGGAAGUUAUUAACUCAAGGUUUCGUUGCAGCAGGUUGCAACGGUGCUAGGUGUGUCACAGCUGUGAAACCAACAGGCUACUGGUUAAAAGGGCUCGCGUGCCUCUUGUCAGCCAUAAUAAUAAUAAUAAUUUAUUAUUUGUACCCCACCCAUCUGGCUGGGCUUCCCCAGCCACCCUGGGCGGC